AUGCGGUCACAGAGAGACAUGGAGACAGAGAGAGAGAGCUCCAUGGAGAGCAUGCGGUCACAGAGAGACAUGGAGACAGAGAGAGAGACAUGGAGAGCAUGUGGUCACAGAGAGACAUGGAGACAUAGAGAGAGAGAGCUCCAUGGAGAGCAUGCGGUCACAGAGAGACAUGGAGACAGAGAGAGAGAGCUCCAUGGAGAGCAUGCGGUCACAGAGAGACAUAGAGAGAGAGAGAGCUCCAUGGAGAGCAUGCGGUCACAGAGAGACAUGGAGACAGAGAGAGAGAGCUCCAUGGAGAGCAUGCGGUCACAGAGAGACAUGGAGAGAGAGAGAGAGAGCUCCAUGGAGAGCAUGCGGUCACAGAGAGACAUGGAGACAGAGAGAGAGCGCUCCAUGUAG